UUUACGCCUUCCCUCGUAUUACAGCCAUGGCUGAGCCACAAGUGAAGACACUCGAGACAGCAGACGACAUCCAGCAGCGACGAGAGCAAGUCCUCAACCGUUACGCUCAGUUCAAGGAAGCUGCUAGACAUCGGAGAGCGAAACUAGAAGACGCUAAACGCUUUCAGCAGUUCCGGCGCGAUGCCGACGAGUUAGAGGCAUGGAUAAACGAAAAGCUGCAGACGGCGUCUGAUGAGUCGUACAAGGACCCGAGCAAUCUGCAGGGCAAAUUGCAGAAGCAUGAGGCGUUUGAGGCAGAGGUGUCUGCUCAUGGAAACAGCAUUGUGUCACUGAAUGCGAUCGGAGAUGAAAUGAUCAAGGCCAACCACUUUGCUUCGUCAAGCAUAAGAACUCGUCUUGACUCGCUUCAAGAGCUUUGGGAGACGUUGUUGUUUAAAUCACAGGACAAAGGAAAGCGUCUCGUUUGGGCAUUAAAACUGGUUGAAUUCAUGAGGGAGGCUGAUGAAGUGUCAUCAUGGAUUACUGACAAGGAACCGGUUGCUAGUUCAGAGGAGCUUGGAAAGGAUUUGGAACACGUCGAGGUUCUGCAGAAGAAGUUUGGUGAUUUCCAGAAAGACCUGGCUGCUAAUGAGGCCCGAGUCAAUCAAGUGAAUACCUCAGCACAACGUCUGGCAAAUGAAAAGCAUCCUGAGGUAGAACUGAUUGCAACGAGACUGCAGAGUUUGAAUGAGUCGUGGGACAAACUUAAAGAUCUUGCACAGCUGAGAGACGAGAAGUUGCACGGCGCUCACGAGAUUCAAAGAUAUACGAGGGAUGCUGAUGAAACGAAGGCUUGGAUAAGCGAAAAAGACACGGCUCUUUCAUCUGAUGAUUACGGUCGUGACUUAGCGAGUGUACAAGCUUUGCAAAGGAAGCAUGAAGGACUGGAGAGAGAUCUUGCAGCUUUAGAAGACAAGGUUGGAAAUCUUGGUGAAGAGGCUGUGAGACUGCAAACUAAACACCCGGACAAUGCUGACCAGAUAGCAGCUAAACAAGCUGAGAUUGUAGGCAACUGGGAAGCUCUUCGACAUAAGGCUGCUCGUAGGAAAGGAAAAUUGGAUGACUCGUUUAAGCUUCAGCGAUUCACAGGAGAUCACAGAGAUCUAGUGUCAUGGAUGAGUGACAUGAAGACUCAGCUGUCUGCAGAUGAAUUGGCGAAUGAUGUUGCGGGAGCAGAGGCUUUACUGGAGAGACAUCAUGAACACAAGGGAGAGAUUGAUGCUCGAGAAGACUUGUUCAAAUCAACAACUCACUUCGGCCAAAGUCUUGUUCAAGCUGGCCACUAUGCAAAUGAAGAAAUUAAAGAAAAGCUGGUGCAAUUAGGUGAAGAUAAGGCUACACUGUCUGCACUAUGGGAAGAUCGCAGGAAGCAAUUUGAUCAAUGCAUGGACUUGCAGCUUUUCAAACGGGAGGCAGAACAGAAUGAAGCCUGGAUGGCGAAACAAGAGACAUUUUUGGCUAAUGAAGACGUUGGUGACUCAUUAGACAGCGUUGAGAUUUUAAUUAAGAAACACGAGGAUUUUGAAAAGUCGCUGGCUGCACAUGAAGAAAAGAUAAAGUCUCUUGGUGACUUCGCAUUGAAGUUGAUUGAAGGUGAACAUUAUGCAGCUGAUGAGAUCAAGGCCAUCCGCGAUGCUAUUCUUGAUAGACGGAGUGAGCUUCAACAGCAAUCAGCUAGACGUCGGACAAGGUUGGAAGACUCAAGACGAUUGCAGCAGUUCAAUCGUGAUGCUGAUGAAACUAAAGCUUGGAUAAGUGAGAAACUAAAAACGGCUUCAGAUGAGUCAUACAAAGAUCCAAGUAACCUGCAGGGUAAGUUGCAGAAACACCAGGCAUUUGAAGCUGAGGUGACAGCAAAUCAAGCCAGAAUCGACCAGGUCAAGUCAACUGCGAAGUCAUUAAUAGCAGAUGAUCAUUAUGAAUCAGAUAGCAUACAGACACGACUAGGUGAACUGGAAGAGCAUUGGAAGCUUCUCUCAGAUCAGUCUGCAGACAAAGGUUUGAAACUAAAAGAAGCUCAUCAACAGCAGCAGUUUAAUAGAGGAGUUGAAGAUGUUGAAGUGUGGCUGGAAGAAGUAGAAAGCCAUCUUGCUUCAGAAGAACUUGGCAAGGAUCUCACUGGAGUCCAGAACUUGAUGAAGAAGCAUAAUCUUUUAGAAGCAGACGUAUUAGCUCAUAAAGAUCGUGUUGACUCCAUUGAGUCACAGGCUGGCAAUUUUGUGAAGGCAGGACACUUUGAUGCUCCUGCAAUUGAAGCUAAGCAACAGAGUGUUUCACAACGUUACAACAGUCUGAAGGGCCCUCUAUCUGAUCGCAAGAAAAAGUUGGACGAUUCACAUCAUCUUCAACAAUUAUAUCGCGAUGUUGAAGAUGAGGAAACCUGGAUCAAAGAAAAAGAACCUAUUGCUGCAUCGGCCAAUCUGGGAAAAGACUUGACAGGUGUUCAGAACCUCCUCAAGAAACAUCAAGCUUUACAGACUGAAUUGAGUGGUCAUGAGGGAAGGAUCAGAGCAGUGUGUGAGACUGCAGAUGUUAUGAUAAAAUCUCAUCAUUACGCCUCUGAUGACAUCCGCGAAAAAAUAGCUGAACUGAAUGAAAAAUGGAAAUCUCUCAAAAACAAGGCGGCAACCAGAAAGACGGAUUUGGAUGAUGCUCUCCAGGCUCAGCAGUAUUAUGCUGAUGCAAACGAGGCUGAAGUGUGGAUGAAGGAGAAAGAACCAGCCGCUACCAGCACAGACUAUGGGAAGGAUGAAGACAGUGCACAAGCACUUCUGAAAAAGCAUGAAGCUUUGAUGGCAGAUAUUGAUGCGUAUGGAACAACAAUAGCUGGACUAGACGAUGCGAGCCACCAAUGCAAGCAGGGAGCUGGUCAAACAUCAAGUGAACCAGCUGCCGCUGGGAAAGAGUAUGUAAUGGCAAUGUACGACUACAAGGAGAAAAGUCCUCGUGAAGUAUCCAUGAAGAAAGGGGAUGUGCUCACUCUUCUUAACUCUGGCAACAAAGACUGGUGGAAAGUGGAAGUAAAUGACAGACAAGGUUUUGUACCAGCUGCGUACGUGAAGAAGACAACACCUCCAAUUUCUGCUGCAUCAUCUGGUGGUUUGGAUAUGCCUGAUGGUGAUAGUGUUGCAAUGAGGCAGAAGGUGAUUGAUGGGAAGUAUGAAAGAUUGAAGAAAGCAGUUGAUGCUAGAAGACGGAAACUGCAAGAGAGUGUUAAGCGACAUGUGUUGAGUCGGGAGGUCAAUGAAUUAGAAUCUUGGAUAAAUGACAAGGAAGCAGUUGCUGGUUCAGAUGAGCUGGGCAAAGAUCUAGAACAUGUGGAAGUGUUGAAAAAAAAGUUUGAUGACUUCCAGAAAGAUCUUGCUGCAAAUGAGACUCGUGUUGAUGGUGUCAAUUCAAUGGCACAGAAGCUGUUGGAAGAAGGCCACUCAGAAGCACCAGCCAUAAUGCAGCAAAUUGAGAAUUUGAACUCACGCUGGGGAACUUUGCAAGAACUGUCAGACAGGAGGAAAGGUAAUCUGGACGGCUCUCAUGAGAUCCAGAAGUUCAACAGAGAUGCAGAUGAAACAAAAGCUUGGAUCAGCGAGAAAGACACCGCUUUAUCAUCUGACGACUACGAGCUAGAUUACCAUCUUUAGGUGAAAACUCUGAAUGGUGACGCUGCGAGACUAGUGGGCGUCCAUCCCGGAUCUGCUAAUGCCAUCAAAGCCAAACAGGCUGAGAUUGCGAACGUGUGGACAAAUUUGAAGGGCAAGGCUGCGACAAGGAAAAAGAAAUUGGAUCAUUCGUAUGACUUUCAGCGUUUCCUGGUUGAUUAUCGUGAUCUCAUGUCUUGGGUGAAUGGAAUCAAUGCGUUAGUGUCAUCAGAUGAGCUUGCCAAAGAUGUCGGUAGUGCUGAAGCUCUACUAGAGAGACAUCAGGAACAUCGAGCUGAAAUUGAUGCUCAUGGACCAAGCUUUCAGACUUUUGAGUCGUUUGGCGUGCAGUUGUUGGGAUAUGGUCACUACAUGCAGCCUGAAAUUCAAGAGAAACUCGACAGCAUCAAGGCUGAACGGGAAGCGCUAGAAAAGGCAUGGCAUGGCAGGAAGAAUCGCUUGGAUCAGUGUUUGGAGUUGCAGCUUUUUAAUCGAGAGGCAGAACAGGCUGAGGCAUGGAUGGCGCAACGUGAAGCUUUUCUUGCAAGUGAAGACGUUGGUAAGUCGUUGGACGGAGUCGAGGCACUCAUCAAGAAGCAUGAAGACUUCGACAAGUCAAUAGUGACACAGGAAGAGAAAAUUGCUCAGCUGCAGGAGUUUGCCAACCAACUUAUUCAGGCACGUCACUAUGAUGCUCCUGCCAUAGCUGAAAGAAGAGCAGCUGUUCUGCAGCGGUGGUCGACUCUAAAGUCAACUUUAAAUCAACGACGCUCCAAGUUGGGUGAAUCUCAGUCGCUUCAACAGUUCCAGAGAGAAGCCGAAGAAGCAGAGGCAUGGAUUGCCGAGAAGAUGCACAUUACUUCUGAUGAGUCAUACAAAGACCCUACAAACUUGCAAGGCAAACUGCAGAAACACCAGGCAUUUGAAGCUGAAGUGUCUGCUAAUGAAGAGAGAAUUUUUGGGGUCAUGAACAUGGGACAAGGUUUAAUUGACACUCGCCAGUGUGCUGGAAGUGAGAAGGCUGUUGAAGAUCACAUCGCCAGUCUUCAAGAGCAAUGGGAUGAACUGCUUGCCAAAUUGGGUGAGAAAAGCCAGAAACUCAAAGAAGCCAAUCAACAACAGCAGUUCAACACAAGUGUGAAAGACCUUGACUACUGGCUAGGAGAAACGGAAGCCCUGCUGUCAUCUGAGGACACAGGAACGGAUCUCCCCGGCGUGCAGAACUUACUGAAAAAACAUCAAUUGGUGGAAGCUGAGAUUGCUGCACACGAGGAUCGUAUUCGUGAUCUCAAUUCUCAAGCUGACCAGUUUGUUAGCGGAGGCCAUUUUGAUGCUCCUAGCAUACGGGAGAAGCAGGCAGCUACUAAUAAACGCUAUGAACGAGUGAAAGAACUGGCUGGUGUGAGACGUGGGAAACUGAAUGCCUCCAACACGCUACAGCAGUUUUUCAGAGACGUGGAUGACGAGGAGUCUUGGAUGAAGGAGAAGAAACUGCUGACUGGUUCUGAUGAUUAUGGGAAAGACCUAACGGGCGUACAGAACCUUAUCAAGAAGCACCAACGACUACAGGCCGAGUUAGAUGGUCAUCAGCCGAGAAUAGCAUCUGUGUGUGAGAAUGGACAGAGGUUGAUGCAAGCUAAUCCGUCAUCUUCAGCUCGAAUUAAGUCCAGAUGUGAUGAACUAGAAAAGCAGUGGAAAGAGCUUCGAGAUCUCUCUACAGCCAGACAUAGCAAGCUGGAAGACUCGUUGGCAUUUCAGCAGUUUAGUGCCACUUUGGAUGAAGAAGAGUCUUGGAUUAAUGAAAAGCAUGCAGUUGUGUCCAGUGAAGAUGUCGGAGACACACUUGCUGCUGUCCAAGGAUUAUUGAAGAAGCACGAUGUAUUUGAAACUGAUUUGGCUGUCCACAAGGAUCGAGCAAAUGACAUUGACUUAGAAGGACAGCAGUUGGUCAAACAUGGUAACUACCAAGCCAGUAACAUUAAACAGCGAACAGCUGGCAUGAAGACAAAAGCUGUCAGCUUGGAACAGGCGGCUGCUGCACGGAAAACAAAGUUGAAUGACAACUGGGUGUUUCUCCAGUUCAACUGGAAAGCGGAUGUGGUUGAAUCAUGGAUAUCUGACAAGGAACCACAUGUGAAAUCAGAAGACUUUGGAAAAGACUUGACUUCUGUUCAGACUCUCUUCACAAAACAGGAAAACUUUGAUGCCGGUUUGCAGACUUUUUCGCAAGAAGGUAUCCACAAUCUGACUGCACUGCAGGAGGAGCUUGUAGCUGCUAAACAUGCACAAUCUAGAGCAAUCAAACAGAGACACGCCGACGUUAUCAAGAGAUGGGAAAAACUUAGAAGAGACUCAGAAGCAAGAAAGGGAAAGCUGCUGCGAUCACAAGAGCAGUUCAAAAAGGUUGAAGAAUUGUUUCUAGUGUUUGCCAAGAAAGCAUCAGCUUUCAACAGCUGGUUCGAAAAUGCAGAAGAAGAUCUUACUGAUCCAGUUCGGUGUCAUUCGGUUGAAGAGAUUAAGGGAUUAAAAGAUGCCCAUACUCAAUUUUUGGCCUCGCUCUCACAAGCAAGAGCAGACUACAAACAACUAGCUGCACUUGAUAAACAAAUCAAGAGCUACAACGUGACAGCAAAUCCAUACACCUGGUUCACAAUGGAAGCUUUGGAUGACACGUGGGAGAAUCUCCAGAAGAUCAUAAAGGAACGUGAGGUGGAACUUGCAAAAGAAACUCAACGGCAAGACAAGAAUGACGAGCUUAGAAAGAUAUUUGCUCAACAUGCUAACGCUUUCCACACAUGGGUAGCACAGACAAGAGCUCUGAUGGUCGAAGGAGUUGGCUCGCUGGAAGAUCAACUAGACUUAGUAAAGCAAAAGUCGGCAGAAGUUCGUUCCAGGAAGGACAAUUUGAAAAGAACAGAGGAAGUCGGCGCUCAGAUGGAAGAAGCGCUCAUUCUAGAUAACAGAUACACAGAGCACACAGCAUUGGGUCUUGCACAGCAAUGGGAUCAACUUGAUCAACUGGGCAUGCGUAUGCAGCAUCAUCUUGAGCAGCAAAUACAGGCCAAGAACAUGACAGGAGUUUCUGAGGAACAAUUAAAAGAAUUCAGUUUGAAUUUCAAGCAUUUCGACAAAGAUGACUCUGGUCGUCUGGAUCAUCAGGAAUUCAAAUCCUGUCUUCGUUCGUUAGGCUACGAUCUUCCAGUCGUAGAAGAUGGAGAGCCAGAUCCAGAGUUUGAAUCAAUUUUGAUGCAAGUUGAUCCUAACAGGGAUGGCGCAGUGUCAAUGUCAGAAUACAUGGCAUUCAUGAUUAGCCGCGAGACUGAGAACGUCGAAUCUCGAGACGAGAUCGAAGUCGCUUUUAAAGCUCUAGCAAGUAGUGACCGAGAUAGACCAUACGUUACAGAAACAGAGCUCUACCAGUCAUUACCACGAGAGCAAGUCGAAUAUCUCAUAAGUCGGAUGCCAAACUACGUAGAUGGUGCGGGUCAACGUGUUCCGGGAGCAUACGACUACGUGGCUUUCACCAAAAUGAUGUUUGCCAGCUAACGGAUUACCUCACUCACAUACUCAUACAACGACUCAAUAACAUAACAGACUCGCAAUUACUAUUGCUCUCGUUUCUACAUUUGAACCUUUUUUCUGAUUUCUUCAGUUUUACAGACACACAUGCACAUGCACUGUGCUGACUGUGAUCAUGCAGACAUCGUAAUGUGGCAUCAACUGUUUAGUCUGUUAGUCUGUGAAUUAUUUUUGUGUUAAAUACCUGAUAGCACUCGUGGUAUCAUCGUAUUAUAAGGAAGAUGGCAACAAGUUUCC